ACACCCAACUCUUAACAAUUACAAGGAGGCUUGUGUGGUUAAGAGAGCAGCAGACACAUAUAGAACUUAUCCCUCACGAGAUGGGUGGUUCGUUAUCAGCAGUGUCCGAAAAAUCCAUCCAUGAGUUCACCGUCAAGGUUUUUCUUCGUUUUCUUAUUUGUUUUAUGGAUUACGGGAAUGAAUGUUCCGGCAAGGAGGUUGAUCUUAGCAUUUAUCAAGGGAAAGUUCUUCUCGUCGUGAACGUUGCUUCUAAAUGCGGUUUCACGGAAUCCAAUUACACCCAGCUAACAGAACUUUACCAGAGAUACAAAGAUCAAGGGUUUGUGAUAUUGGCGUUUCCUUGCAACCAGUUUAUGUACCAAGAGCCUGGGACAAGCCAAGAUGCUCAUGCAUUUGCUUGUACAAGGUUUAAGGCCGAGUACCCCGUUUUCCAAAAGGUGUGUGUAAAUGGACAAAACGCAGCACCAGUCUACAAAUUCCUCAAGUCAAAGAAACCAACUUUCUUCGGAACAAGGAUCAAAUGGAACUUCACCAAGUUUUUGGUCGGCAAAGACGGUCAAGUCAUUGAUCGUUAUGGCCUAACUGUUCCACCUCUCUCCAUCGAGAAAGACAUCAUCAAAGCCCUUGGAGAAGCAGGAGAUGAUGUUCCAAGUAUUGAACCCUUGAUGUAGGCACAAAGAGGCUCUUGACGUUGGACUGGCUCGUGUCUCGAGUUACCGAAUGACAUCAUCACAUGUAAAAAAAAGGCCUUUCUAGCUCUCUUUUCUAAUUUGUUUUGUGUGUGGAAGGAGCACUAAUCUCUUAUUCUUCCUGCUCUGACUUAGUUUUGUCGCUACCAUGGUAAAAAGAGAUGCCUACACAAGUUUCCAUAUUUCCUUA